AGGACAUGGGUGCCCGCGCGUCGUGGCGCCCCGUCCCGGGAGGGAGUCUGGCUCCCGGGCCGUGGCUCUCAGUCCACGCGGCGGCCUCCCUGCAGCCCCCUAGGGCCCGUCGCCCGUCCCCGCCUGCGGAACGCGGGGGGCAGCACGGCCCGCGCCCGGUCACCCGAGCCUGCUCCCCGGCGCCGCGUGGCCUGUCAGUCCCGUCAGCCUCGCUGUGCCGACCCCGGGCGCCUCCACGAUGGCUCGGGGCCCACCGAGUGCCUGGAUGCACGAGGCGCCCCCUGGCGACCGGCCCGCCGACCCCACAGGCACAGGCUGAGGAGAGCGAACCGCCGCGCCUGCCCCGCGCGCCGACGCCGACCCCUCCCGGGCGCGCCUCCCCGCGGACGCCGCUCGCGCGCAGGGAGAGGCCCUGGGGUCCGCUCGGAGCGGCGCCUGCGGGCGUGGGCCCCGGUCGGCGUCCUGCGGGGGUCGCGGCUGUUCUCUCAGCCUCCUCGCGACUUCACUCUCCUGUCAGGCCUGGGGACACCCCACACCCGCCGACCACUGCGGGGCUCGGCAGCCUCCCUGUGCGCCCAGUCACUUGUCAUGAGUGACUCCAUUUUGAGGCGUUUCGGGCCACGAAGCAGGGCCGUGGGCCGCACUCCUGGUCCGCGCGUGGAAGCGGGGCGGCGGCGGCGGAGCUCCCCGCCACGGAGAACCCCGAACCAGAGAAGUGUGGCCUGGGUUUUGGUGUAGGAGCCCCUGGCGCUGAAAGGCUGUUCCCAGGCGCGGCUCGCCGAGGAGCGGAAGCCGGGGAGGGAGCCGUCCCCCCCUGGCGUUGCCCGGCCCGAGGGACAGCGGCGCCCCCGGGACCCUCCCCAGCGUGGCCCCAGCUCGCCCCGGGACCGCGGGGCCAGGCCGGGCGGGAGCGCGGGGACGUACACGGGGCCCCGCCCGCGCUGCUCCUCCCUCCCGGCCGGCCGGGUGCGGGCGACGGUGGCCCCAGUCUCCGCGCGGCUGAGGCGCCCCCGGCCGCUCCCACGGCCUCGCCUCCGCCCUUCGGUCCCGCCGCCUCCGGGGCCGCCUGGGACCCUGGCCCCCGCCGGGCAGGACGCCGCCAGCGCUGCAGGCGCAGCCCGGAGGCCGCGCGGGUGAGUCGGUGCGCAGCCCCAGCGGCCCCAGAGCAGCGGGUGUGGGGAGGGCGCGCGGACCGCAGUCGGCUCCGUUCCCACCUUGCGCGCAGCCGGGAAACCAGCAGGCCCAGCCUCUAGGGAGGCGGGCAGGGGAGCUGGGGGCCGCCCCCACGUUCUCGCGGGCACCUGUCCCUAGGCCGGGAUCCGCUGGCUCGGAGCCCUGACCCUCCCCGGACCUAGGGGGACGGGGGCAGCGGUGACAUUUGCCCAGGAAGGGCAGCCGUGGGUAAACUCCAGUCCAGAGCAGGGUCUGGGCCCAGGUUGAGGCCUGGGGUUGAAUCCGCUUCUGCUAGCGGCGGGUGUUCUCAGGGAGGCCCAUAACCGCACUGGGUCUUAGUCCCCCCAGGCAUGAAACAGGAACAGGGCGAGCAGCAGAAACCGCGCGACGCUGCAAAGCGCUGAGCCCGAAGCCGAGAAGAAUCUCGGCUCCUGGCCUUGGAGGUUGCACUUCGGGCCAGGCCAGCACUCCCAGGAUGAGAGGAUGGCCUCCUGGCCCAGGGCUGGCGUGGGGGCGCGGACAAGGCAACGCGACUCUGCCAGGGAGCACCCAGCGCUCUGGUUGGUGGUCAGGGGGCCUUUGCCUGGGACUCACAGUGUGACGAGGAAAAUUCUGUAAUGAGGACAUUUCUCAUCAUUCCUUCUCAAAAGUCAUUCGUCAGCCCCAGACAUCUUUGCCUCGGAAAACUGGGAACCACUUUCAAAAUCCUUAACACCCCCAUCUCCUGCUACAGAGCGGAGUCCCCACUUUGCAGAGGCGCACUGCAAGGUCGCAGAUUGUUAAAUGGUGCGCCCUCCUUCAUGAAGAUGCCUUGCUCUCUUUCACUCUCUUUAUGUGUGUUUAAUGUUGUGUCUUGCGUUCUCUGUGAAGCAAAGGAGAAACAUGGGCCCUUUCAGGCAACCGGAGGAAGAAGGCGGCCAGCAUCAGAUCUUCCCAUGCUUGAAGGUGGAGCACCCUGCAGGGCUUACCGCAGCCCUCAGGGUCAAAGUGAGGAUGCAAUGCAGCACCAAAAGGCAAAUGUACUCUGGAGAGCCACUCUCACCUUGUACCCCUGGAGUAGACCCCGAGGACUGGAGGACUGGAACAAGAUCUUAGCCCUGAGGGCGGGAGAAGCAGCCUUUGAUGGUUGCACAGGGGCCCGGCUUUUCCCGAAGUCUUAAAGCCUGCUCCAAAUGCCAGAUUCAGAGAAAGGGGCCGAACCUUGGGCCCGCCGCCCUCUCCCGUAAGCCGUGACCCAGCAGCUUUGUUAGGAAGUUUCUAUAUGAAGGUAGGCACCUUUCUUGGAAUGAGCCACACGCGAUGGCUCUGCCAUUCCGGACGGUGCUCGUUCACCGCUGUGCCUGGAGCAGACACGGUUCUGCGCACACAGCUGGGCGCCGGAGAAACUUGAGGUACCAAAAGCGGGCCCAGGCCCUCGGACUCAGCGAGCUGGACACGUGUCCCCAUCACCCGCGGCUGGCAGGAGCAGCGUUUCUACUCCCUUCCCUCCCCUCCUCUCCUCCCGCCCCACAGAUGUGCUGUCUUUCCCGGCCUCCCCCCCGCGCCCAGCACAGUGGUUUCUGCUUGGCUGUUCCCCUGUCUCCGAGAUGGUCUCUCCUUGUGCUUGCCCUACACAUUCUCUCACGCGCGCGGAAUGCCCCUGUCCGCGUGGUUGUCAACCUUCUCUCCUCUUUCCCCACAGUCCAAGACUCGGCCCUGUCCCUUCAUUCUAAAGCCUUCCACUUACGAGCCCUCCCGAGGACCGACCCCCAGGAGGCCGCUGGAGAUGCAGGAUUUGGACCCGCGCCUGACCUGCACCCUGAUAGAUCCCUCUGAAUGAAUGAAUGGAUGAAUGAAUGAAUGAAUCAGCAGGCUGCAUCCUGAUUAGGUUAAGAUGCAGAUCUGUGGAUCCAGCGUGGCAUCUGUAGCAGCUGGGACAUCAUUCCAGGUUUUGGGCCCGGUGUGUUGGCAACAACUGGAUCUGAAGAUGGCAGUCAGGGUGCUUUGGGGUGGCCUCGGCCUGCUCCGAGUGCUGUGGUGUCUCCUUCCGCAGACGGGCUAUGUGCACCCAGAUGAGUUCUUCCAGUCACCUGAGGUGAUGGCAGAGGACAUCCUGGGCGUGCAGGCCACCCGGCCCUGGGAGUUUUACCCCAGCAGCCCCUGCCGCACAGUGGUCUUCCCCCUGCUGACCUCCGGCUCUACCUUCUGGCUGCUCAGGCUCUGGGGAGAGCUGGGGCCGUGGCCUGGCCUGGUGAGUAGCUAUGCGCUGCUGGUGGGGCCGCGGCUCCUCCUCGCUGCCCUUUCCUUCGCUCUGGACGGGGUUGUGUACCACCUGGCCCCACUGUUGGGGGCGGAUCGCUGGAAUGCCCUGGCCCUGCUCUCUGGUUCCUACGUCACCCUGGUCUUCUACACAAGGACCUUCUCCAACACCAUUGAGGGACUCCUCUUCGCGUGGCUGCUGGUGCUGGUAUCCCCCCAUGUAAUGUGGGGCCCUACAUGCAGGGAGCCUGUGCCGGGUCCAUGGUGGCACAGCUGGCUUCUUGGAGGCAUCGUGACUGCUGGCUUCUUCAACCGGCCCACCUUUCUGGCCUUCGCUGUGGUCCCUCUCUACCUCUGGGGCACUCGUGGAGCCACAAACCCUGGCUUGAAGUCCCUGACCCGGGAGGCCCUGGUGCUGCUCCCUGGGGCGGCCCUCACAGCAGUGGUGUUUGUGGCCAUGGACAGCUGGUAUUUCUCCAGCCCUGCUACAUCCAGGACCCUUGUCCUUACACCUGUCAACUUCUUGCACUACAACCUGAAUCCCCAAAACCUGGCCAGGCAUGGCACGCAUGUGCGGCUCACUCACCUGGCAGUCAACGGCUUCCUGCUCUUUGGGGUGCUGCAUGCCCAGGCCCUGCAGGCCGCGUGGCAACAGCUGCAAGCUGGCCUCCAGGCCUCUUUACAAAUGGGCCUCCUGAGGGCACUGGGUGCCCGGAGCCUGCUGUCCAGCCCCAGGUCCUAUCUCCUUCUCCUCUACUUCAUGCCCCUAGCCCUGCUGUCUGCCUUUAGCCACCAGGAGGCUCGGUUCCUGAUUCCCCUCCUGGUCCCCGUAGUCCUGCUUUGUAGUCCACAGACCCAACCUGUGCCUUGGAAGGGCACCGUGGUCCUCUUCAAUGCCCUCGGUGCCUUCUUCUUCGGCUGCCUGCAUCAGGGGGGCCUAGUACCUGGCCUGGAGUACCUGGAGCAGGUGGUCCAUGCCCCUGUGCUCCCAAGCGCACCCACCCACUACACACUCCUCUUCACUCACACCUACAUGCCCCCCCGGCACCUCCUCCGCCUGCCAGGCCUGGGGGCACCCGUGGAGGUGGUGGACAUGGGUGGGACUGAGGACUGGAUCCUGUGCCAAGCCCUGAAAAGCUUUACCAGACAACCAGCCUGCCAAGUGGCUGGUGGGCCAUGGCUCUGCCGCCUCUUUGUGGUGACCCCUGGUACCACCAGGGGUGCCGUGGAGAAGUGCAGCUUCCCCUUCAAGAAUGAAACACUUGUAUUUCCCCAUCUAACCCUGGAGGAUCCACCAGCCCUGUCAUCCUUGCUGAGUGGGGCUUGGAGGGACCACCUCAGUCUUCACAUCGUGGAGUUGGGGGAAGAAACCUGACAAUAUGACAGGGCACCCACCGCCCACGAUUCAGCCAUAGAAGUUGCUGCCCCACCUUCUACUUGGGUAGCUGGGCUGGGACGCGGGGACAGGGCCCAGGUUCUCCUUCACGACUCCCACUGCUGCCUCUCCUGGGCACGGCUGUUAGCUGUUCUGCCUUCUGGGUGAGCUGGCACUCCUCUCCCUGAGACCAAAGAUCUGACCUGUCAGUCUCGAUGUCAAGGUCCCCAAAGAACCAGGUGUAAGUGAUGACACCUGUCGGUUCCUGCCCUACUGCUUCCAGCCACUGUGAUGUUUGAAAUAUAUAAUAGUACCUGGUUGGGAAAAAGAAUGAACUGCCAGUGACAUUCCCCAGCGACCUCUCCCAAACUUCCCAUGAUGCCUUGCCCUUGCUGUCAUGACAACCUCUGGCUUCCUGAGACCCAUCUGCCUAUCCAAAUAAUGUGGAAGUCAGUGUGAUGAAGUAUAGAGAACAGGUGGCCCAGAUCCAGGGGACCCAACUUCUAGCCCCUUGGUCUGUCACCCCCUCGCUGUGUGAUCUUGAGAAAGCCCCUUCCACUCUCCCACCCCACUUCCCAGUCUGUUGGGAUCAGAGGAUGUUUGAGGUGUCUGCCAGCUAACAUCGUGCCAUUCCUGGAAUCCACAGUACACGUCCCCUGCCUUGACAGGCACAGCUCUCACAAAGCUCUUUAAGCAUGGAAGUGGGAGUUGUGUUGUACUUCAUGGCCCUCUGAUGCCUGCUGUCUCAGUGUUUGGUUAUUGUGCAAACAAGUAAUGUUUGAAAUAUAUAAUUGCACCUGGAGAUUUUCUCCCUA